CAGUCACCUGAUGAAAACAGGAGGGGCGGAACGGCUUGGUUGAGUCUCGAUGUCCACUGCGGCGUCCGAAAGGAUAAUCACAACUUUGAUUGAAAUGGUCGAUGCACUGUUCUCUGUUCGUUCAAACUGUAAAGUGGACAGAUACAGGAUGACGGAAAUAAGUAGUUUGUUUGCUCGGUAAUACAGCAGUUGGCGGGUUAGCAUUGUGUGCUAGUACAUCAUGAGUAGCACAUCCAGGCAGGCUAAUUAGCCAGGAUGCUAGUUUCCCCCUUAACCGAAAGAACGUUAUUGUGCUUUACUAGUAAACGAGCCGUUUGGGAAUAAUACUAGCGCUUAUUAUUUCAGGAACGGUAUGUUUUUUGUUCCGUCGUGGAUGUUUUAUUACGCGUUUUCAUUUCAAGACAAAACUGCAGGAUUUGGAAUUCAGGCUCGCGCAGGAGCAAUAAGCUAAGCUAAGCUAAAAAUCCCUGUGUAAGCUGUGUCCGGGAUACUAGACCCUGUCUAAAAGUUAUAGAAAUCCUCCAGGUUAAGGCUAAGACCGGGGUUUUCUUUCCCUUUCUUUUUUUGUGUGUGUGUAAAAAGGAAGAAUUAGAGAUGGGCACAUGCUUUCGUGUACAUGCUCGUCAUCUCGGGUUAGUUUGGUCAUGCAUGUAGCUGCUUUCGGUUGUAGACGUGCAGGUAUCGUUAGCUUUCGCUAACAGCCUGGAAACCGCGAGAUGCACAAAUAAAAGCGUCGGUUCAGCGUGCUUUGGUUGCUGUGAGACGUUCAGCGAUGUAGCUUUCUAGCAGAGAAGCUCUACGCGGUAUUGCACGAUUUCGGACUUUAGUAAGCACCAUGAACAACCAAGCAAUGAUGGCGCAAGAGAAGAUGGAGUUGGACUUGGACAUGCCGUCGAUUCUGCUUCAGGGAGACGGACACUUGAGGCGAUCCAACAGCGAGCCGAUGAUAAACGGCUUAAGUGACAGCUCUCAGGUCCUACGCAGCAGACGAAACAGCACGACUCUUGUUAAUCGACCCAACAUGGUUCCCUCUUCCCCAGUUCGCAUCCCUAGCACCAGGCUUGAAAGAAUCAAACAGGAGGAGGGGGUUGAUGUGAUGAACAGGGAAACAGCUCAUGAACGGGAGGUGCAGGCAGCCAUGCAAAUGAGCCACUCGUGGGAGGAAAGUCUUAGUCUGAGUGACCACGACUUUGAGAAGUCCUCAUCCCCGAAACGUAUUGAUUUUGUGCCUGUGUCUCCAGCUCCGUCUCCCACCAGAGGAAUUGGGAAGAAGCAGUGCUUCUCUCCAUCUCUGCAAAUCUUGGUGAGCAGUAAUGGUCUCACUCCCAGCCCCAUUCCCAGCCCAACACGUCGCUUCAGCAGGAGGAGUCAGAGCCCCAUUAACUGCAUUAGACCCAGCAUUUUGGGGCCGAUCAAACGGAAAGUUUCAGGUGAGAUGGAAGCAGAAAGCCAGCCAAAGAGACUUUUCCAGGGUACCACCACCAUGUUGUCCACAGACACAGCCCACCUACCUGAACUCGGCUCACGUUUAUCCCCUGAUCUGCUUGAUGGAAGCCUCAGCAGUGUUGGCUCCUCUUCAGGUUCUCCAGCUAAGAUGGAAGGAGUUUCACCCUCCUUGAGCAACUCUCCCUUCACCCCCCUCCAGGAUCUUUCACCCAAGUGAUCAACAUAUCAUAUUACUAGAAAGGCCACAUGAAAGAGCUGCUGGAGUUUCUUGUGCUUCUGUUCCAUACCCUCCCAGCCGUGCUUUUUUUUUUUGGGGGGGGUGAGGAUUUGCUUGCUCAGUAGGACAGUGUGGGGAAGCUCUGUAAUAAAAGAAGCCAAAGCCCCGCAUGUAUUUUGUAUGGACUGUACCAUUGGGGUAAUCGGCAGGGGCAAAGACUGAAUGCUGUUUGCACCAGCUGCUAUAUAAAGUUGUAAUAUUUAGGGUGACUCUCCUAGAAUGAAAUCAACAGCAUUUUACAACCGUGCAGUUUCUCUAUGAAUGUGUUCUUGUAGCUCGCUGAAAUUAGAGGAAUGCUGAUAUAUAUUUAAAAAAAAAAAGAAGCUCUUGGAGAGCUGAAAGCGUUCCCUCUUGCAACAGUAUCAUUAGGUUGCCUGUGGCUAGGCCUAUUACUAUAGGUCUUUAUACGAGUAGAUUGCCAACAGGUAUUUUGUGUGUGAAAAGAAUUAACUUAUUUUGGCUUCAGCUUUUUUUUUUUGUAAGUAUGUAUAUUACAUUUGUCAUGCCUAUUAGCUUGUCACUUGUAAUCUGUAUGGGAGUGGAUGUGUACACAGUGCUCGAGUGGUUAACUGACAGUUGGGUACUUGCAUGCAUACAUUUACAGCUGAGUUUGUAUCAGCCUUUCAUUAUUCGUGUAGAUGGACGGAGGCGGCGGCGACAACAUGGAGUGCCUAUUUAUCACUCUUAGUGCUUCAUUACGUUUUUCUAAUGGAGUUAACCAUUGCCGUCAGAUAUUGGAGUAAAUGGUGGUCGAAUGCAAUAUUAAUGGGGAUGUUUACCACUAAAGCCAGGAUUUAAACACUACAGCACAUUCAACAGCCCCACUUGCAAUUUGUCUUAAGGUCUACCACCCUAGGACAUGGUUUAGCCUUCCUUGUCAGCUUUAGAGAAGUGAGCUGUCUCAAUGCAGUGUUUUCCAGCCCUUUAAACAUGGUGGCUUCACCCUUAUUCACUUGUCUAUGGAUUAUCACUGUGUGACAGUACUAACCUUAAAUGAGUUGUUUAAUGCCUUUUUUUUUGCAUGGGGUGAACUACUGCAAACCGCUGUCGAGGGAAGUUCCUGAAGCAGUUUAGAUAAGUAGAAGAAUAGAAGUGGCUGCUGAUGGUGACAUUUGAACAUGCAAUAGAAAGGAGUUUUGUUUGGAGGAGGAAUCUACUGAUUUCAUGAAAGUAGUGUGCCAUUAAAGGUCUGUAAAUAAGAGAGCUGUACAAUUGUACCUGUAAGUUGUUAUUCAUUUGAGCUUUUAUUUUAGUAAAUAGUAUUUUUUUGUAAAUGGUUUUAUGAAUUUUCUUUAAAAAAGGCUUUAUUUCCUCAGAGCAUCAUGCAUACAUUUUUUUUAUUUGCAAACAAGAAAAUGAUUGUAAAUUCUGUUUUGUAGAAGUGAAAUUAAUGGUGUGGUUUAUUGCCCCAUAAUAUAUCUAAGGCAGAACUGCACUUUUAUCCUUUCUCUGAAUGACUUUCUUUGCAAAGGGGGGAGCAGGGAGUGGGUCAUACAGGUCCCCUUUCUGUACUGUAUUGAUGGCUGAAGUAUUUGUGGUUUGAUUUACUGAUUGGGGGGGGGUGUGCUUUUUUUUUUUUGUCCUGUGGACUUGUCUGAUAUUUAAAUUACGAUGUCCUCUUUCAAGUGUGGAAGAACCUUAAGCUUGUGAGUCGAGUGCUUUGCUGAGCUCUGCUCUAAAUGGACAAAUAUUUUCUUGUCCCCUUUAUUAAUGUUCAGAUUACAAAAUAAAUUAUUUGUCUGGCAAUUCA